CUGCAUGCUGUUGCAUGAGACCGAGAUCAGGCAUAUUCAAGUUUUGAAGCCAAGAUUGAUUAACUAAACUAGAAAGAAGCAGCUGCUGGUGUGAUUUGCAUCCUUGUUUAUGAAGCAUUCAUUCAUUUUUAUAAGGAGAAGCCAAUACUGUCCGGAGGAAGAGAUGACCAUGUAGAUACUACAGCCUGAGUGCAGCAUAAUGGGAAAUGGUGAAUGGAAUGGAGCUGGUCUGCAGCCUUGAAAGCAGCCAUCCUAUGGACUAUUUCCUGGUCAGGGACACUUCAAUCAUCAGAGGCAUUCUCCACUGACUUCACUGAACACCCACUGGAUUCUUCUUAAUCCCUUAGGUUGGAAUUUGAGUUUCCUCCCUUGCAAUUUUGAAGCAAUUUUAAAAUUCCAUCUAGUAUACAGAGUGGAGCAAUACAAUCAGCAACAAUGGGUGACAUGACAAACAGCGAUUUCUAUACCAAGAACCAAAGAAACGAGGCCAACCAUGCAGGAGAGUUUGGGUGCUCGCUGGAGGAGCUGCGCUCCCUCAUGGAACUCAGAGGAACAGAAGCAGUAGUAAAAAUUAAGGAGACGUAUGGGGACACAGAGGGCCUCUGCAGGCAUUUAAAGACAUCACCAACAGAAGGAUUACCUGGCACUGCUGCGGAUCUAGAAAAAAGAAAGCUUAUUUUUGGGCAAAACUUUAUACCUCCAAAGAAGCCAAAAACUUUCUUACAGCUAGUUUGGGAAGCACUACAGGAUGUGACUCUUAUAAUCUUGGAAAUUGCAGCCAUCAUAUCUCUGGGGCUCUCAUUUUAUCAGCCACCUGGAGAAGGGAAUGAAGGUUGUGCUACUGUAUCAGGAGGAGCUGAAGAUGAAGGUGAGGCAGAAGCUGGCUGGAUUGAAGGUGCCGCUAUUCUACUCUCUGUUGUUUGUGUUGUACUCGUCACUGCCUUUAAUGACUGGAGCAAGGAGAAGCAAUUUCGUGGGCUUCAAAGUCGUAUUGAGCAGGAACAGAAAUUUACUGUGGUCCGAGGUGCACAAGUUAUUCAAAUCCCAGUGGCAGAGAUAGUAGUUGGUGACAUUGCACAGGUUAAAUAUGGUGAUCUCCUGCCCUCUGAUGGGAUUUUCAUUCAAGGAAAUGACCUUAAAAUUGACGAAAGUUCUUUAACUGGAGAGUCAGAUCAAGUCCGCAAAUCUGUUGACAAGGACCCUAUGCUGCUAUCGGGUACCCAUGUCAUGGAGGGCUCUGGGCGAAUGCUCGUAACCGCUGUGGGAGUGAAUUCUCAGACAGGCAUCAUCUUUACUCUAUUAGGGGCUGGUGGAGAAGAGGAGGAAAAGAAAGAUAAGAAAGUAGAUUCUUCCCAUCCCUCCUCCCACCCUCCUUCAGCUACAGAUGGUGCAGCAGGUGCAAAUGCCACUGAUAAUGCAAAUGCCAGCUUAGUCAAUGGCAAAAUGCAGGAUGGGAAUAUGGAGAACAGCCAGAAUAAAGCCAAGCAGCAGGAUGGUGCUGCUGCCAUGGAGAUGCAGCCAUUGAAGAGUGCAGAAGGGGGAGAGGGAGAUGAAAAAGAAAAGAAGAAGUCUAGCAUGCACAAGAAAGAGAAAUCUGUCCUCCAGGGAAAGCUGACCAAACUAGCCGUCCAAAUAGGCAAAGCAGGUUUGGUGAUGUCGGCCAUUACUGUAAUAAUUUUGGUACUGUACUUCGCUGUUGACACUUUUGUUGUCAACAAGAAGCAGUGGUUGCCCGAGUGCACUCCUGUUUAUGUUCAAUAUUUUGUCAAGUUCUUCAUCAUUGGUGUUACUGUGCUUGUGGUUGCUGUUCCUGAAGGACUUCCACUUGCUGUCACUAUUUCUCUGGCUUAUUCUGUUAAGAAAAUGAUGAAGGAUAACAAUCUGGUCCGCCACUUAGAUGCUUGUGAGACUAUGGGUAAUGCUACGGCCAUCUGCUCUGACAAAACAGGGACACUUACAACCAACAGGAUGACAGUAGUACAAGUCUACAUUGGUGAUGCCCACUACAAAGAGAUCCCUGACCCAGAUUCUAUACCAAGCAAAACCCUCGAUUUGUUGGUUAAUGCAAUUGCCAUCAACAGUGCCUAUACUACAAAAAUUCUGCCACCAGAAAAGGAAGGUGGCCUGCCUCGUCAGGUUGGCAACAAGACAGAAUGUGGCCUGUUGGGGUUUGUCCUGCAACUGAAGCAAGAUUACCAGCCUGUUCGGAAUCUAAUCCCUGAGGAGAAACUCUACAAAGUAUACACGUUUAACUCCGUGAGAAAGUCAAUGAGCACUGUCGUUAAAAUGCCAGAUGGCAGUUUCCGAAUGUACAGCAAAGGUGCUUCUGAAAUUGUUCUGAAGAAGUGUUCUAGAAUCGUUAAUGCAGCAGGUGAGAUUCGUGUCUUCAGACCCCGUGACCGGGAUGAGAUGGUGAAGAAAGUGAUUGAACCCAUGGCCUGCGAUGGACUGAGAACUAUUUGCAUUGCAUACCGGGACUUCAGCAGCAACCCAGAACCAGACUGGGACAGUGAAAAUGAUAUUUUAACUGACCUGACCUGCAUUUGUGUAGUUGGUAUUGAAGAUCCAGUAAGGCCUGAGGUCCCAGAAGCCAUAAGAAAGUGCCAGCGAGCUGGAAUUACAGUCCGCAUGGUCACUGGGGACAACAUCAAUACAGCUCGUGCCAUCGCAAUAAAGUGUGGAAUUAUUCAUCCAGGAGAAGACUUUCUCUGCAUAGAGGGAAAGGAGUUUAACAGGAGGAUCCGAAAUGAGAAGGGAGAGAUUGAGCAAGAACGUAUUGACAAGAUCUGGCCAAAACUACGAGUACUUGCUCGCUCAUCUCCCACAGACAAACACACUUUGGUGAAAGGUAUUAUUGACAGCACGCAGGUGGAGCAGAGGCAGGUUGUUGCAGUGACUGGUGAUGGAACCAAUGAUGGACCGGCACUUAAAAAAGCCGAUGUUGGCUUUGCAAUGGGUAUUGCAGGUACUGAUGUUGCAAAGGAAGCCUCAGAUAUUAUCUUGACGGAUGAUAAUUUCAGUAGCAUUGUGAAGGCUGUAAUGUGGGGCCGUAACGUCUAUGAUAGCAUCUCCAAGUUUCUACAGUUCCAACUUACUGUUAACGUUGUGGCUGUGAUUGUGGCUUUCACUGGGGCAUGUAUUACACAGGACUCUCCACUGAAAGCUGUGCAGAUGCUGUGGGUCAAUCUAAUUAUGGACACCUUUGCUUCUCUUGCUCUGGCCACUGAACCCCCUACAGAGUCUCUACUGCUAAGGAGACCAUAUGGCAGAAACAAGCCUCUUAUAUCACGUACCAUGAUGAAGAAUAUUCUGGGCCAUGCUGUCUACCAGCUAACUCUCAUUUUUACGCUUCUCUUCGUUGGUGAAAAAAUGUUUAAGAUUGACAGUGGUCGGAAUGCACCACUCCACUCUCCUCCUUCUGAGCACUACACCAUUAUCUUCAAUACCUUCGUCAUGAUGCAGCUAUUCAAUGAAAUCAACGCACGCAAAAUCCACGGCGAGAGGAAUGUUUUUGAUGGCAUUUUUAGAAACCCUAUAUUUUGCACUAUUGUACUGGGUACAUUUGCUGUACAGAUAGUAAUUGUGCAGUUUGGUGGGAAACCUUUCAGCUGCUCUCCUCUGCAGCUUGACCAGUGGAUGUGGUGUGUAUUUAUUGGACUAGGAGAACUUGUCUGGGGUCAGGUCAUUGCAACCAUCCCAACAAGUAGGCUAAAGUUUUUAAAGGAAGCAGGGCGGCUCACUGAAAAAGAGGAAGUACCUGAAGAAGACCUGAAUGAAGAUGUUGAAGAAAUUGACCAUGCAGAGAGAGAACUUCGACGUGGACAAAUUCUCUGGUUCAGAGGGCUCAACAGAAUCCAAACUCAGAUCGAAGUAGUCAAUACUUUCAAGAGUGGCACUUCCUUUCAGGGGGCUCUAAGGAGACAGUCCUCCGUCACAAGCCAGAACCAGGAUAUCCGCGUCGUGAAGGCAUUCCGUAGCUCUCUCUAUGAAGGGUUAGAAAAACCAGAAUCUAGAACCUCCAUUCACAACUUUAUGACUCAUCCUGAAUUUAGGAUAGAAGAUUCCCAACCCCACAUCCCACUCAUUGAUGACACAGACCUAGAAGAAGACCCUGCUCUCAAGCUAAACUCUAGCCCACCGUCUUCGCUGAACAAGAACAACAGUGCUAUCGACAGUGGAAUAAAUCUUACAACUGACACAAGUAAAUCAGCUACCUCUUCUAGUCCAGGAAGCCCAAUACAUAGCCUGGAGACAUCACUUUAGCUGAAAGUUCACUGCAAAAAAAUAUAUAAAUAAAAACAGCAACAGAAGUAUAUAUAUAUAUAUAUAGAUAGAUAUAUAAAAAACUGUGCUGGCUGAGAAGCUGUUUGAACUCUUAUUCACUUUGUGACAAGUGAAUGAAUUACUGAUCACAGUGGUUUGGGGGAAAGAAUGAAUGGCUGAUUUACAUACCCCUUUUUGCUCCCUUGCAGAAAAACAAAAACAAAGAACCCUCCUGCAUGAAUGUACUGUGCACUUCCAGCCCCCACCCCGCUUUCUCUCACGCGCGCUGUCUUUCUCUCACGCGCGCUGUCUCUCUCUCUCUCUUUUUUUUAAAGCAGUAAAUGCAGAGGACUUUUUUCUGAGGCUAUUUAUCCAAUUCACUGGUCUGUGAGUUUUUUGAAAUGCUUGUGUGGCAUGGAUUCAGUUGUAUAGAUUAAUUUAAAUAACGUUUUUGAAGUUGCAAAGCUUAACUUGCACAGUAGAUUUGCACCAGUUGGACAGAGAAACUUAAACAAUUAUGAGAUUAUAUAUAGAGAUGUAUAUACUUAUAUGUAUAUAUAAUUAAUGAUAUACAUAUAUAUGUAUAUCUCUAUCUAUAUAUUUAGUUAUAUAUAAAGUUUCUUUGUUGGCAUGUUGCCUUGUUUCUGCUCAAAUUGCUCUGACUAUUUUAACUUAUUUAUGUCCUAAAAAAAAAAAAGAAUGUAAUUUGUUUACAAACCUGUAGAUAAUAUCCUUAACUAUUUGUAGAAUUAAGAAAGCACUUCCUGCCGAAGUAGUAUAAAAAUUGCUCAGCUCUUUGAAAACUUCUGUAAUAUUGCACCUUGGAUGUUUUAUUACAACCGUGUUCUGAUUUUGCCUGCCUUUUUUUUUUUGUUUUGUUUUUGUUUUUUGGUUAAAUAAUGUAGAUACUGCUAGCAAAUAACAAAAGAAGCCAAAAUAUAACACAUUGGAUGUAGCAUUGUUAUCCUAUAUACAGGGCAGUGAACAGGCUUCCUUUGUUUCAAAUACAAAGUUGAAAUGAUCAGGUUUUCUUUCCUCUUUUUUUUUUUUUUUUUUUUUUAAAUAAAUUGCUUGAACUUGUUUUGGUGCAACACUCGAUGGAGGCCAUUUCAUUGUUUCAGUGUAUUGCAAUGGCUUCUUCAAAGUAUUUUUUAAAAAAAGUUGUUAUAUGAAACUCAGUUUAGUUUAUGAAUAACAAUUCAAAGAUAAGUUAUAUUUGGCUUUGUGUAUGGAGAUCAAACUACUGUUGAAAUAUUGUGAUAUAUUGUGUUGAUUCUUUUCCGUUAGUAAUUUAGACAUUCAUUUCUUUAUUAAUUACAAGAAUAUGGGCUGUUGGCAUUUUGGAUGGAAAAUCACUAUGGUUUAUUGCUUUGACUUUUUAAAAGAAAAAGAUAAUCAUUUUCUGCACUAUCUAGAUCUGAAUGAAAUUUUAUGAAGUGUAUAUUGAAAUGUGCUUUGUGUGAUUUUUUUUAUCAAGCUUGUCUUCCUGUAGUCACAAAAUAUACUGUAGCUAAUUAACACUGUUGUUUUACCUAUGUAUUGAGCUUUCGACAAGGGAAGCCAUUUUGAAAACCUGCAGUAUCAUGGGUGAGAAAUAUUUUUCAAGAUGGUAAUAGCCCUGGUAACUUAAAUUUAUGAGCUUAUAUAAUCGCUAUGUCAACCACUUGAAUGCUAAGCACUUUGUGGGUCACAGAUUUUUCAUAAAUAAUUUUGUAUUUAAUACAAAGUUUGCUUCAAGACUUUUCAGCAAGCAUAUGAUCUUUUCCAUAAUCUUGUACAGUGCAAAAGACAUUUUGAAUAACAUGAUCAAUUAUGCCAGAAAAACACUUUCAAACUAGCUUGAUAAAUUGAUUUGUUGUUGUAUUGUGUGUUGUUUUAAAGUUGACUAAGAAAGCGGUGCAUCUCUGCAGUCACAAGAACUAUUACGAGCCAGAGAACUCUCCAAACAAUAUUAGACUCAUGGCCAAACUGCAGAUUGAAAUGACUAAAAGAGUUUUCAGGGUGCAUCAGGACUAUUCAGCCAGGUAAAACUCUAAUCAGCUUGAAUUGCCAGCUUCCGGACUUUUGUGCAGAAGCUUGAAUGUUUUUUGGCUCAGACUCCUAGCUCACUGUCUGAUUCAAACUUUUCACUGAACAGCAGAUCUUUCAAGGCUUACAGAACUGUUUUCAACAGAUACCGUUACCCAUUUCUUAACAGUAAAAGCUGGCAUGAAAACAUCAUUGAAUUUAACUAAUUCUUAGUAGCAAAGUGAUUGAAACUUAGUAGCAUUGUUCCUUGGAUUGUAAAUACAGGGACUGACCUUUGUAUAACAUGUAUUGGGUUUCUAUGGCCUAUUUGGGAUACCAUGUUCAGAAAAAAAAGUUAUCCAUUCUAUUUAUAGGGAAGAGCCUCUGUCAUUGCAUUGGACUUGAGCAGCUACAAAAUCUGUCAGUACUGGAACGUAAUUUUCAAUAACUUAACAAUGAUGAUUUGCCUUUUAUUUUCAAGCUAUCUUUUUCGUCAGAUUCUUUCUUUGUUUCAUUUGAUUUAAUUUUCCUCUAGUAGAACCCGUUCAGAAUACCUAUAGGGUACCAUUUGCAGACUUGAAAAACUGUUUAAAAAUAAAUGAACACAACAUUCUCUGUGUGUAUAUAUAGUAAAAACAUAUAUAAAUUGAGAUGCAUAGAAAACUUGGGCUUCUGUGAGCAGAGACUGUGCUUUAUGUAUAUGAUAAAUGAUAGACUUUUUUAAAAAAAAAAUUAGAAUAGUUAUGACCUUUCAACUACAAGUCAUGCAUCACAAUUCAUUUCUUUUAUUGCUUGACCUCGCUGUGAUGGGAACAAUGGAUCAAAAAACCAAAAUGAUCAGUUUGUUAAAAUUCACUGCAAUAUAUAAAUGCUUGCUCUCUACAUACUGUACUUAGCAGCAUGAGAUUUGUGGAAAACAAUACAGUGCUACAUUUGGCAAUCCGUCCCAUUAGGGGUUAUUAACAUAUAUUAAUUCAUCUGUUUUUAUGAAUUUUUUUAUCUAGACAAUAAUUGUAAAUAAAGAACUUACUGUCUCUGUUCAUUUAAUACUAUGCAAAAGGUUAUGCUUUCUAUUGUUUAUUCCUAUUCCUACAGUGUGAUGCUGGAAUGUUUGUGGUUUAAAAAACAAAAAAACAAACAAAAAAGACAAAAGUAAGUAAAAUAUGUGAUGUAAAUUAUUUUAUAGUUUGAAACAAAAUGAUAAAGUUUUAUUCUUGCUGCUUACUGUCUAAUAGAUAUCUCCUGGCAGGAGCACAAGUGGAAAAUUAAAUAAAAAUAAAUUCACAAAGCAGCAUGAACGAUAAUGGUCUGAACUUAACAUCCUUCUUUAUUUACACUUUAAAUCAAUAAAACAUAACUUGAA